AUGUGUCCAGACCACAGCGUUAACCGACUCGCGAGCUAUGCUGAAACCUGCCUUUCAGCUGUUUUGCUGACUACGGCUUAUAUUAAAGCGCAGUCCUCGACUGAACAGUACAUAAAACUUCGAGCAUUACUCGAUAAUGGUUCGCAAGCAUCCUUCACAAGCGAGCAUACCCCUCAACAAUUAAGACUUCGUAGGAACCGGUUGCAAAUUCCCAUCACCGGUCUUGGCGGUCACAGCGUUGGUGACUCAAAGGGUAUAGUCACAUACACUCUACGUUCAUUUACAGACCCGGAGUUUAGUGUCAAUUGCUCUGAACUCAUCCUACCAAGUUUGGGAAAUCUCCUACCAUUGAAGGGAGUCAAUCCAAAGCCCUAUAUCGACCUUCUAGAUCUCACACUAGCAGAUCCUAAUUUCUACGAGCCUUGCUCAAUUGACGUCAUCAUUGGCGCAGACCUCUACGGUCUCUUAGUAAAAGGUGGGAUCAAGCACACUGCCUGCGGUUCGGCCAUAGCACAAAAUACGUAUCUUGGCUGGGUUAUCUACGGACGCAUACCCUGCUCUGCAUCUCCCCAACUAUGUACAACACAUUUCACGGCAACAACCACUGAUGACCUGAGCAGCUUAGUUCAGCAGAUGUGGAAAUUUCAUGAAUUUGAUGAGAUACUACCUCCAUCUAAAAUGACACAAGACGAAUUAUUCUGCGAAGAGUUUUUUAAAGACACUGUUCAGCGAACUAGCUCAGGGCGGUAUCAAAUUCGGUAUCCGUUUAAAGCCGAUUGUGAUCUUACAAAAUUAUCCAACUCGAAAGCUGACGCAAUUAAAUUGUUUCGGUCUCAACAAGCUAGGCUUCGAAAUGACCCUGAAAUGGAUCAUUUGUACACCACGUUCAUGACAGAGUACCUGGCUUUAGGGCACAUGGAGAAGGUAAUUGAAAACGAGGAGCCGAGAACUGUUUGCUAUAUUCCGCAUCAUGGGGUGUACAAGGAAUCGAGCUCAACCACCAAAUUGCGCACAGUUUUCAAUGCAUCCCGUAAAACUAUAGAAAACAUCUCACUAAACGACUGUCUUCAUGUUGGCGAUUUAAGCCAAAUAAUUAUUCGAUGGCGGCUUCACCGCAUUGGUUUCAUGGCAGAUAUAGAAAAGUGUUAUCGGCAGAUUCUGGUCAGCCGUGAUUACGCUGACAUGCAGCGUAUUAUAUGGAGAGGUACAGAAGGAGAGCCAGCAGCCUAUCGAUUGCUAACAGUCACGUACGGUUUAAAUUGCUCACCAUAUCUUGCAAUUAAAGUGCUGCAAACAUUAGCUGAUGAUGAAGAGUCAACUUAUCCUGAGGCGUCUAAGGUCUUGCGAGAAUCAUUUUACGUAGACGACUGUUUGCAUGGAGCUGACUCCGUCGAUGCUGCUUUGGAAAUCCAGUACCAACUGCGACAGUUACUCCAAAGAGGUGGUUUCGUCCUACGAAAGUGGAGCUCAAACGCUGUAGACUUCAUGCAGCGGUUAAGUGCAGAUGACAAAGAGAAUACUAUUUGUUGCAACCUCAACCUGGACCGUACAACUAAAGCUCUUGGCAUUUAUUGGCUCUGUGAUUCAGACUCUUUGACAUAUAAGGUUAGCUUGAGUCCAUUAACAACCCAAAUCACCAAACGGCAGCAAUUAUCAGACAUCGGUAAAAUUUACGAUCCUCCAGGGUUACUAGCGCCGAUAACUGUAACUGGAAAAGCUAUGUGUCAGAAGUUGUGGGUGGCCGGUUUAAACUGGGAUGACCCAAUUCCCGAACCACUUCAGCAAGAAUGGCAACGGUUUCGAAAGGAGCUAGGUGAAGUUGAGCGUCUUAGAAUUCCAAGGUGGCUCGGUGUAGAACCUAACUCUAGAGGUUACCAACUGCAUGUCUUUUCCGAUGCGUCCGCCAUAGCAUAUGCUGCGGUAGCAUAUCUCAG